UUUUUCUACAUAUCGAGAAAAAAAACUGAAGCCUAUAUUUUUGAAGUAACAAAAGAUGGUGUAAGAAUUAUUUUGUUGUAAAGAUAUAAAUAAAAAUCAAAUGAGGAAGGGUGGGGUGGCGGGGGUCAGAGCUUACUGAAGGGAGACAUGGUUCGGGACUGUGAAGAGGUCCGGUCCUCGCGCACGUGCAUCGCUGCUAUCUCGCUCUCUCGGCCCCAAAAAGUCUUUGCAAUCCUUCGUUUUCUCGGAGGGAUAGAGGUCUUCUGGAGGGCUUGGCUCAGAAAGAAUUACGAAGAGAGGGUAUUGAAGUCAAGAACCUACUAAUUGUGGGAUGCAAGAAUCAAAGGCCAAUGAAGACAAUCACUGUGGAGAAUCCUCUCUGACCACAUCGUUGCCUUCACCAGAAUGUCUGCCAACUUCCCUGCAAUCCCUGACUUCCCCAGUUAUUGAUGAAAAAACUGACACUGAUCAUCAGCAGAGAAUGAUGGUAAAGGAUCCUGAGACUCUAGUUCAGCAAGAUGUUCCUAAUUGCUCAUCAUUGGAUCACAAUACACCAAAUUCAUUGGAGAAGUCAAAUGUAUCAGGGGCUACCAGCUACGAUGCUGCAGUUGUGUCAUCAGAAGUGCUUAGUCAUCCAGUACCUCAUUCAUUGGAUAUGUUGGGAGAACUGGAAGACAUACCACAUCAGCUUGAAGAUAGGGUUUCUGAUAGAGUUGCCGAUGUUCAGAACAGUCUUGACUCUAGUGCCACAGUUGAAAUAAAGAAGGCAGAAGAGAUGCCCCAUGUUGUGCAGAACAACCAUGAUUCUACUGCAUCUAUUGAAAUGAAAAAUACUCAAGAGAUGCCCCCUGAUGUGAUCACUCAUGAUUUUAAGACUCCCCAUGAUGUUCAACCCAGUCAUGAUUCUACAGCCACUGUUGCAAUAAAAAAUACUGAAGAGAUGCCCCAAGAUAGUCAGAUCAUCCAUGAUUCUACUGUCACGAUUGAAAUAAAAAGGACAGAAGAGACAAACCAUGAUGCUCAGAGCAACAAUUAUUCUACUCCUUCUGUUGAAAUGGAAAAGACAAAAGAGAGGCCUGAUGUGCUGCACGAUAUGCUUGAUCACCAUGUGGAGAUUGGAAGUACACACAAGAUGUCAGAAUCAGCUAAUUCUUCUAAACAUGUAAAACAUGAGUAUGCAAACAGAGGCCUUGUCGACACUGCAGCACCUUUUGAAUCUGUCAAGGAGGCUGUUGCCAAGUUUGGAGGAAUUGUUGAUUGGAAAGCUCACAAAGCACAGAAUUUAGAGCGAGGACAGCAUGUCCAACUGGAGCUUGAGAAGGUACAAGAAGAAAUUCCAGAAUACAAAAACCAAUCAGAAGUUGCAGAGGAGGCUAAAGCACAAGUACUGAAGGAGCUAGACAGCACUAAGAGACUUGUAGAAGAACUAAAGCUGAACAUGGAGAAGGCGCAAACUGAAGAGGCCCAGGGGAGACAGGACUUGGAACUUGCCCAACUCAGGGUCAAAGAAAUGGAGCAAGGAAUUGCUGAUGGAGCUAGUGUUGCAGCCAAGGCACAAAUAGGGGUUGCCAAAGCAAGGCAUGAAGCAGCAGUUGCAGAAUUGAAGUCUGUGAAAUCGGAGUUGAAAAUACUGCAAGAAGAGUAUGUUAUAUUAAUUAGUGAAAGGGACAUGGCAAUCAAAAAGGCUGAAGAGGCUGUUUCUGCAUCCAAGGGGAUUGAGAAGACUGUUGAGGAACUGACUCUAGAACUGAUAGUAACAAAGGAAUCACUAGAAUCAGCUCACGCCGCACAUCUUGAAGCAGAAGAACAUAGAAUUGGUGUGGCCUUGGCAAGAGAACAAGAUUGUCUUACUUGGGAGAAAGAAUUGAAGCAAGCUGAAUUGGAGGUGCAACAGCUAAAUGAACAGCUUUUGUUGGCAAAGGAUCUCAAGUCAAAAUUAGAUACAGCGUCAACUCUCUUUCUCAAUCUCAAGGCUGAACUAGCAGCAUAUAUGGAAGCAAAGCUGAGCCAAGAGUCCAAGGGAAUAGAGGAAGAGAAACUGACAGAUGAUGCAGAAGAAACAAAGAACAUUGGGAGAUCCACUCAAGAAGCAUUAGCUUCUACAAGAGAGCUUGAGGAAGUAAAAGCAAAGAUUGAGAAAGCUAAGGAUGAAGUUAAUCGUUUAAGAGUUGCAGCUUCAUCCCUCAAGUCGAAGCUUGAAAAUGAAAAAGCAGCCCUCACCAACUUGCAACAGAGGGAGGGGAUGGCAUCUAUAGCAGUGUCUUCUCUUGAAGCUGAGCUCGAUAGAACAAAACAAGAAAUAGAAAUAAUUCGGACGAAGGAGAAAAAAGCCAGAGAGAAGAUGGUGGAGAUACCCAAGUGUCUGCAGCAAGCAGCUCAGGAAGCGGAUCAUGCUAAGUCAGUUGCUCAGUUGGCAGGAGAAGAGCUAAGAAAGGUCAAGGAAGAAGCAGAACAAGCCAAGGCUGGUGCAAGCACCACAGAGAUCAGAUUGAAUGCAGCUUUGAAGGAAAUAGAGGCAGCUAAAGCAUCAGAAAGGCUGGCGCUUGCAGCAGUCAAAGCAUUGCAAGAGAGUGAGCAGGCUGCAGGUGUUGGGAGUGAUGACUCUCCUAGCGGAGUGACUCUUGCAUUGGAUGAAUACCUCAUUCUUACUAGGAGAGCUCAUGAAGCCGAGGAGCUUUCCCACGAGCGGGUGACAUCUGCCAUUGCUCAAAUUGAGGUGGCUAAGGAGUCUGAGUCAAGGAAUUUAGCAAAACUGGAGGAAGCAUAUAGGGUGAUGGGUGAAAGGAAGCAAGCAAAGAGAGUUGCAAUGGAGAGGGCUGAGAAGGCCAAGGAAGGGAAACUGGCUGUGGAACAGGAGUUGAGGAAAUGGAGAGCCAUACAUGAACAGCAAAGGAGAGCUAAUGAUGCUGCCAAAGGUGCUGUUAAUCCUUCAAGGAUUCCCCCCAGAGGUUUUGAGCAUAGCGAACCAAAAAGCUUUAGUAAGGAAGAAGCUGAUGUUCUGGUCCAUCCCGUGUCCGUUCCGAGGGUAUACAUGUCAGAUGAUAGCCCCGAGAACUCUGUGCCAGGGUCCAAGGUAAGGAAGAAGAAAAAAUCUCUUCUUCCUCGAAUUGUCACGUCCCUUGCCAGAAGAAGUGCUCAAUAGCUCAGCUUGUAUCUACAAAUUUUCAUUCAUCUUUGUUGAACAUGUAUAAUAAGAUAAUUUGUUCUUAAUAAGCUGAUAUGAUGCAAAUUUGUAAUUUAUUUGUAUAGGCUUUUGGGGAACAGGUCGAGUAUGUUUAUAUGAAUUUUGCUAUGGUUGAAGUCUAAAAUGGUAAAUUGUGUUGGCAUUGCAUGGUAAAA